AUGACUACAUACUCAAACAACUCAAAUGAUAAUAAGGAAGAACCAACUGAAAUCUCAAAUGCUGAAGAAAGAAGAUUAUUGAGAAAGAUUGAUAUUAGAAUAAUUCCUUUAUUUAUACUUCUUUAUACUCUUUGUUACUUGGAUAGAGUUAAUAUUGGAAACGCGAAAUUGGCUCAUUUGGAACAUGAUCUUAAUUUAACUGGAAAUGAAUAUAAUUGGUCUUUAGGAAUAUUUUUUGUAACUUAUGUAUUUUUCGAAGUACCAUCCAAUAUUAUAUUAAUUAAAAUAAAACCUUCAAUUUGGAUUUCAUCCCUCAUGGUCGGAUGGGGUGUCGUAAUGAUAGUUAUGGCAUUCGUAAGCAUUAAAUAUUUCUCUAGUAAUUGUGGAUUUUUCGAGGCUGGUCUUCUUCCUGGCGUCAUAUUUUACUUUACAAAAUGGUAUAAAAGAUCCGAGCAAACUUACAGAGUUGGUUUAUUUUAUACUGGUUGUUUGAUGGCUGGUGCAUUUAGUGGAUUUUUGGCAUAUGCUAUUAUGGGUAUGGAUGAUUUUCCGGAGACUACUACUUGGCUUACAGAGGAUGAACGAAAAAUUGUUAUUGAUCGUUUACAGAAUGAUUUAGGAGAUAUUACCGCAACUGAUUUGGAUAAAUAUCAAAUCUACGAAGCUUUUAAGGAUUGGGUGCUUAUUUCUCAACUUCUUUCUGUUCCUCCUUUUAUCUUGGGAUGUUUUGCAACGAUUAUUAUUUCGAUAUUAUCUGAUCGAUCCGGAGUUCGUGGUCCAUAUUUAAUUUGUAGUUCUUUGAUAGCAAUUGUAGGAUAUGUAUUACUUGUGAUUCCGACUUCCAGUAUUGCCAUAAAAUAUAUCGGACUUUGUUUUGUUUGCAUGGGAUUGUUUUCAUUUAUUCCUGUAUCAAUUAUAUGGUUAGCAAAUAACCUAGCUGGCAAUUUAAAACGUGCUGUAGGUAGUGCAAUUAUGAUUGCAAGUGGUAACGCAGCUGGAGUAGUAGGUUCACAAUUAUACCAACCUCAAGACGCUCCAGCUUAUAAAUUUGGUCACAUCACUGCGAUACUUCUUUUAUUGUUUACAAUAAUCUUAACGAUAGUUCAAUAUUGUUUAUUAAAUAGAGCUAAUAAACUUAAAAUUAAAUAUCCAGAAAGAUUUUUAAAAGGAAAAAGUAAAGAGGAAGCUGUUGUUUUGGGUGAUAAGCAUCCAUCAUUUGUUUAUCGCUUGUAA